AUGAAGCACUUAGCAGCAUAUCUUUUACUCGAUCUCGCUGGUAAGACACCAGACGCAAAAGAAAUCAAGCAACUCCUAAAAACGGUUGGUAUCGAAGCGGACGACGAUCGUUUGAAGACAUUGUUUGCGGAGUUAAAGGGUAAAGAAAUCAACGAGUUAAUUGCUGAAGGUGCCACCAAACUCGCUUCUGUGCCAUCUGGUGGUGGUGGCGGCGGCGCUGCUGCAGGAGGCGCUGCAGGUGGUGCUGCAGCCAAGGAAGAAGCUCCUGCCGAAGAAGCUAAGAAAGAUGAAAAGGAAGACGAGUCUGAUGAGGAUAUGGGCUUUGGUCUCUUUGAUUAG